AUGUCGGGGCUUAAUGACCCCGCAACAGGCCAACCUCUCCCCGCCGAUGCCAUCCAGCGUGUCCUCUACGUGUGCCAUCCCGUUCACGUCUACGCGAUCCCGCCUUUAAUGUCCAUGAAAGGCUACACGGCCGCUGACUGGACUGUGCCCGACCCCCAGAACGAAGGCAAAACAAAAGAGAUAUUUGCCGCACGGCUUCGCAUUCUGGAGACUGCUUACCCGAUUCCUGCUCCUAGGUCCCGGGUAAGACCCGGAAGCCCCCUUUCUGCAAGCCCGAGUGAGGACUCGCAGGAGAAGGUGAAAACGGAUAUCCUGCUGGAAGAUUCGAAUACGGGUGAUUUGUUCGCCGCCGCGCCGUAUACCGACGCCAGCGUUGUGGAGCACACGAUCGACUCAUCGCGCUUUUUCGCUCUCCGAGUGGUUGGCGAUGGGCGAAAGGCUGUUCUAGGGAUUGGAUUCGAGGAUCGAAGUGAGGCGUUCGACUUUGGUGUUGCGCUGCAGGAGGCGAGAAAAGUCCUGGGCUUCCCGGCAGCUGGUGACGAUAAUAAGAAUGCUACUGCUCGUUCGCAAAGACCUGCCCUGCUGCCUCCGUCAGGAGCGGGCAGGAGGCUUGGGAUGACACCCAUGAGAGGUAGGAUGGGCAAGAGUUCUCCCAGGGCGAGUCAACAAGCUGUCCCGCAAGAACCUUCCGAGAAGCCUGAUAACAAGCCGAAGGACUAUAGUCUGAAGCCGGGACAGACUAUUACCGUGAAUAUCGGCAAUCGAGCAAACAUCGAUACAGGAUCUCCGUCGGCUUCGGCUACGGAGCAGGAGGAUCAGAAGGCACUAUUCUCAAUCCCUCCGCCUCCAGGGGUAAGCUCCUUGGGUGGUACCUCCGGUGACAAUACGAUCCCCUUUCUCCCCCCACCUCCUAGCUCAAAAGAUAGCCGAGUGGACCGGCGACGAAGACCCCCAUCAACACAGGGUGUUGGCCCCAGCGGGUUUGCCGAGGAGAAGGCUGGCUCGACAGUAACAGUUCCUCAUGAGGAUGACGAUUUUGGAGAGUUCCAAUGA